CGCAGCGCCGCGGCGCUCCGUGGAGGGGUACAUAAGGCGGAGGGGGUGAGGUGACUUGGGCGGAGUUCUAUCGCCGGGAUCCCUCCGCAGGGUUCAGCCGUUUCCGGAGUCUGCGCUGCGCCCGGUUCCGCCAUUGCGGCUCUCCCGGCCCCUGGAGCCUCCGCCCCCGACCCAAGCUCUUUCGUCUGCCUGCCAGUUUCCUGCGUCCCCCGAGAAUAUCCUGCUGAGCCCAGCCUCCCCCCUCCCCCUCUCCUCUCCCUUGGAGAGCCCGGGCAGCCACUGCCCCACAGCCCGAGUGACAGGAGGAGACCAUACCCCCCGACAGCGCCAUGGCCCAGAUUCUGCCAAUUCGCUUUCAGGAGCAUCUCCAGCUCCAGAACCUAGGUAUAAACCCAGGAAACAUUGGCUUCAGUACCCUGACUAUGGAGUCAGACAAAUUCAUCUGCAUUAGAGAGAAAGUAGGAGAGCAAGCCCAGGUGGUAAUCAUUGAUAUGAAUGAUCCAAGUAUUCCAAUUCGAAGACCCAUUUCAGCAGAUAGUGCCAUCAUGAAUCCAGCUAGCAAAGUAAUUGCACUAAAAGCUGGGAAAACUCUUCAGAUAUUUAACAUUGAAAUGAAAAGUAAAAUGAAAGCACAUACCAUGACUGAUGAUGUCACCUUCUGGAAAUGGAUCUCUUUGAAUACUGUUGCUCUUGUUACGGAUAAUGCAGUUUAUCAUUGGAGUAUGGAAGGAGAGUCUCAGCCAGUGAAAAUGUUUGAUCGCCAUUCUAGCCUUGCAGGGUGCCAGAUUAUCAAUUAUCGUACAGAUGCAAAACAGAAAUGGUUACUUCUGACUGGCAUCUCUGCACAGCAAAAUCGUGUUGUGGGAGCUAUGCAGUUAUAUUCUGUGGAUAGGAAAGUGUCGCAGCCUAUUGAAGGUCAUGCAGCUAGCUUUGCACAGUUUAAGAUGGAAGGAAAUGCAGAAGAAUCAACAUUAUUUUGUUUUGCAGUACGGGGGCAAGCUGGAGGGAAGUUACAUAUCAUUGAAGUUGGCACACCACCUACAGGGAAUCAGCCUUUUCCAAAGAAGGCAGUGGAUGUUUUCUUUCCUCCAGAAGCACAAAACGACUUUCCUGUUGCAAUGCAGAUCAGUGAGAAGCAUGAUGUUGUAUUCUUAAUUACUAAGUAUGGCUACAUUCACCUCUAUGAUCUUGAGACUGGUACCUGCAUCUACAUGAACAGAAUCAGUGGAGAAACAAUCUUUGUUACUGCACCUCAUGAAGCCACAGCUGGAAUAAUUGGAGUAAACAGAAAGGGACAAGUUCUCUCAGUAUGUGUGGAAGAAGAAAACAUAAUUUCUUAUAUCACUAAUGCUUUACAAAAUCCUGAUUUGGCUUUGAGAAUGGCUGUACGUAACAACUUAGCUGGUGCCGAAGAACUCUUUGCCCGGAAAUUUAAUGCUCUUUUUGCCCAGGGGAAUUACUCAGAGGCAGCAAAGGUGGCUGCUAAUGCACCAAAGGGAAUCCUUCGUACUCCAGACACCAUCCGUCGGUUCCAGAGUGUCCCAGCCCAGCCAGGCCAAACUUCUCCUCUCCUUCAGUACUUUGGAAUCCUUUUGGACCAGGGCCAGCUAAACAAAUAUGAGUCCUUAGAACUGUGUAGGCCUGUACUUCAACAAGGACGGAAACAGCUGUUGGAGAAAUGGUUGAAAGAAGAUAAGCUGGAAUGUUCUGAAGAACUGGGUGACCUUGUAAAAUCUGUGGAUCCUACUUUGGCACUUAGUGUGUACCUAAGGGCUAAUGUUCCAAAUAAAGUCAUUCAGUGCUUUGCAGAAACAGGUCAAGUACAGAAGAUUGUUUUAUAUGCUAAAAAAGUUGGAUAUACUCCAGACUGGAUCUUUCUUCUGAGAAAUGUUAUGCGUAUCAGUCCAGAUCAGGGACAACAGUUUGCUCAAAUGUUAGUUCAGGAUGAAGAGCCCCUUGCUGAUACCACACAGCUUGUGGAUGUCUUUAUGGAAUACAACCUAAUCCAGCAAUGUACUGCAUUCUUGCUUGAUGCCCUGAAGAAUAAUCGCCCAUCUGAAGGCCCGUUACAGACACGCUUGCUUGAGAUGAACCUUAUCCAUGCACCUCAGGUUGCAGAUGCUAUUUUAGGAAACCAGAUGUUCACACAUUAUGACCGGGCUCAUAUUGCUCAGCUAUGUGAAAAGGCUGGCCUCCUGCAGCGUGCAUUAGAACACUUCACUGACUUAUAUGAUAUAAAGCGUGCGGUUGUUCACACUCAUCUUCUUAACCCUGAGUGGUUAGUGAAUUACUUUGGAUCCUUAUCAGUAGAGGACUCCCUGGAAUGCCUCCGGGCCAUGCUGUCAGCCAACAUACGUCAGAAUCUGCAGAUCUGUGUUCAAGUGGCUUCUAAGUAUCAUGAACAACUGUCAACUCAGUCUCUGAUUGAGCUUUUUGAAUCUUUCAAGAGUUUUGAAGGUCUCUUUUAUUUUCUGGGAUCCAUUGUUAACUUUAGUCAGGACCCAGAUGUGCACUUUAAAUAUAUUCAGGCAGCUUGCAAGACUGGACAGAUCAAAGAAGUAGAAAGAAUCUGUAGAGAAAGCAACUGCUAUGAUCCUGAGCGUGUCAAGAAUUUUCUCAAGGAAGCAAAGCUGACAGAUCAGUUACCACUUAUCAUUGUGUGUGAUCGAUUUGACUUUGUCCAUGACUUGGUGCUCUAUUUAUAUAGAAAUAAUCUUCAAAAGUAUAUUGAGAUAUAUGUACAGAAGGUGAAUCCAAGUCGACUUCCUGUAGUUAUUGGAGGAUUACUUGAUGUUGAUUGCUCUGAAGAUGUCAUUAAAAACUUGAUUCUUGUUGUAAGAGGUCAAUUCUCUACAGAUGAGCUUGUUGCAGAGGUUGAAAAAAGAAACAGAUUGAAACUGCUUCUGCCUUGGCUUGAGGCCAGAAUUCAUGAAGGUUGUGAGGAGCCUGCUACUCACAAUGCACUAGCCAAGAUCUACAUAGACAGUAAUAACAACCCAGAGAGAUUUCUUCGCGAAAAUCCUUAUUAUGACAGUCGUGUUGUUGGAAAGUAUUGUGAGAAGAGAGAUCCUCAUCUGGCAUGUGUUGCUUAUGAACGUGGCCAGUGUGACUUGGAACUUAUUAAUGUUUGUAAUGAGAAUUCCCUCUUCAAAAGUCUUUCCCGCUAUCUGGUGCGCCGAAAGGAUCCAGAAUUGUGGGGUAGUGUGCUGCUGGAAAGUAAUCCUUAUAGAAGACCCUUAAUCGAUCAGGUUGUACAGACAGCAUUGUCUGAGACUCAGGACCCUGAAGAAGUGUCAGUAACUGUUAAGGCUUUUAUGACUGCAGACCUUCCUAAUGAACUCAUUGAACUGCUGGAGAAAAUUGUCCUUGAUAACUCUGUAUUCAGUGAACACAGGAAUCUUCAAAACCUUCUCAUCCUCACUGCAAUUAAAGCUGACCGUACACGUGUUAUGGAAUAUAUUAACCGUCUGGAUAAUUACGAUGCCCCAGAUAUUGCCAAUAUCGCCAUCAGCAAUGAGCUAUUUGAAGAAGCAUUUGCUAUCUUCCGGAAAUUUGAUGUCAAUACUUCAGCAGUGCAGGUCUUGAUUGAACAUAUUGGAAAUUUGGAUCGGGCAUAUGAAUUUGCUGAACGCUGCAAUGAACCAGCAGUUUGGAGUCAGCUUGCAAAAGCCCAGUUGCAGAAAGGAAUGGUGAAAGAAGCCAUUGAUUCUUACAUCAAAGCUGAUGAUCCUUCAUCCUACAUGGAAGUUGUUCAGGCUGCUAAUACAAGUGGAAACUGGGAAGAAUUGGUAAAGUACUUGCAGAUGGCUCGUAAGAAGGCUCGAGAGUCCUAUGUAGAGACAGAAUUGAUAUUUGCACUGGCUAAAACAAAUCGCCUUGCGGAGUUAGAAGAAUUCAUCAAUGGACCAAAUAAUGCUCAUAUCCAACAAGUUGGUGACCGUUGUUAUGAUGAAAAAAUGUAUGACGCAGCUAAAUUGUUGUACAAUAAUGUUUCUAAUUUUGGACGGUUGGCAUCUACCCUGGUUCACCUGGGUGAAUAUCAGGCAGCUGUUGAUGGAGCUAGGAAAGCUAACAGUACUCGAACAUGGAAAGAGGUCUGCUUUGCCUGUGUUGAUGGGAAGGAGUUCCGUCUUGCUCAGAUGUGUGGGCUUCAUAUUGUAGUACAUGCAGAUGAGUUGGAGGAACUUAUUAACUACUAUCAGGACCGUGGAUAUUUUGAAGAACUAAUAACCAUGUUGGAAGCAGCAUUGGGACUUGAAAGAGCUCAUAUGGGAAUGUUUACCGAAUUAGCUAUUCUUUAUUCUAAAUUUAAGCCACAGAAAAUGAGGGAGCACCUGGAACUCUUCUGGUCCAGAGUGAAUAUUCCUAAGGUGCUAAGAGCUGCAGAACAAGCUCAUCUUUGGGCAGAAUUGGUCUUUUUGUAUGACAAAUAUGAAGAGUAUGAUAAUGCCAUAAUUACCAUGAUGAAUCAUCCAACUGAUGCAUGGAAAGAGGGGCAGUUCAAAGAUAUCAUUACCAAGGUUGCCAAUGUGGAACUGUACUAUAAAGCAAUACAGUUCUACUUAGAAUUUAAGCCUCUGUUGUUAAAUGAUUUGCUGAUGGUACUGUCUCCGCGGUUGGAUCAUACUCGUGCAGUCACUUAUUUCAGCAAGGUUGAACAGCUACCACUGGUGAAACCAUAUCUGCGUUCAGUUCAGAACCACAACAACAAAUCUGUGAAUGAAUCACUGAACAACCUCUUUAUUACAGAAGAAGAUUAUCAGGCUUUGCGAACAUCAAUAGAUGCUUAUGACAACUUUGACAAUAUAUCACUUGCCCAGCGUUUGGAAAAACACGAACUCAUUGAGUUCAGAAGAAUUGCUGCUUAUCUCUUCAAAGGCAACAAUCGCUGGAAACAGAGUGUAGAGCUGUGCAAGAAAGAUAGCCUAUACAAGGAUGCAAUGCAGUAUGCCUCCGAAUCUAAAGAUACUGAGUUGGCUGAAGAACUCCUACAGUGGUUUUUGCAGGAAGAAAAAAGAGAGUGCUUUGGAGCUUGCCUCUUUACUUGUUAUGAUCUUUUAAGGCCAGACGUUGUCCUAGAAACUGCAUGGAGGCACAAUAUCAUGGAUUUUGCCAUGCCCUAUUUCAUCCAAGUCAUGAAGGAAUACUUGACAAAGGUUGAUGCAAUAAAGGAAAAGGUGGAUAAAUUAGAUGCUUCAGAAUCACUGAGAAAAGAAGAAGAACAAGCUACAGAGACACAACCUAUUGUUUAUGGUCAGCCUCAGUUAAUGCUGACAGCAGGACCCAGUGUUGCAGUCCCUCCCCAGGCACCUUUUGGCUAUGGUUACACUGCACCACCCUAUGGGCAGCCACAGCCUGGCUUUGGAUACAGCAUGUGAGAUGGAAAGCUGAUCCUCCCAAGUUACCUAUUUUCGUACAGAAACAUCGUCUCUACCUGCUUCUCAAUUUAUAAUGGGGGAAAACAGGCACAUGUUCUUGUAACCUUUAUUUCAUGAAGGACUAUUUUUUGUUUCUAACUAUAAACUUGGAUCACUUGUGUUAAAAGCUUAUUUCACAUUCCGCAUCUUUUUAGAAUUUAUUUUCAAAGGGGAAUAGUUUCAAAUGUUUUACUCACUUGGGCUUUUCUUUCUUCUCCCCCUCCAUUCUUUGACGAACUGCUUAAUAUUCAAUCUGUUGUGAAGAACCUGAUUUGCACUCUGUAGUGUUUAAAGAAAAAAAAACUCUAAUAUUGAAUCUCUUAAAUUUAGUGUAUGUAAACAGCUUACAGUAUGUAUUGUCUAAAUGCAUUUACAUCUUUUAUUCAAAGAAAAGCUAUGGCAAAAAUAUUGGUAUAUGACCUUGUAUGACUCAAUGCCAACAAAGACAACACUAAUUAGCAUAUCCUAACCAGGAUUGCAGUGCUCUCCAAAUUUGAAAAAUGCAUUACAGACAACUUGCCUGAUUUUUAAAUGAGCAUAAUAAAUGGCCCUCUAACGUAUGCAGGUUUCCUCAUUAUGCAUAUAGAAGAAAAUGCUAGUGUGUUUUUGCUCACUUCAUAUGUAACAGGUGCCCUUAUGUUGUGCUGUAUCCUGUGCUUUUUCUGUGGGACCAUUCCGUUCAGGAACUAAGAGCACCAUAAUUCCAAUCUGUGUGUAUUUACUAACCCUUCCCUGAGGUUUGUGUAUGUUGGAUAUUGUGGUGUUUUAGAUCACUGAGUGUACAGAAGAGAAAAUUCAAACAAAAUAUGGUUGUUCUUCAGUUUUGUUUGUGGAAUUUGAAAUUACUCAAAUUUAAAAUAAAUUACUGGACUGUGGAAAUAACAUGUAGAAUGGCAGUUUUAAUGAGAUACCUCACAAACGCAAAGCAAUAGCAUACGGUUUUAGUUUCAUACCACUACUGAGCCAGAGUAGAAAGCGGAUUGGGACAUGUGGAAACAAUGUGUUAUAUUAUGUGCAUUCUCAUAGUUUAAUUGGGUACAAGCAGUAGUUUAGAGAACUCAGUACUAUAGAGGAUCACAAAGGAGUUGUACCCAUUAUUAUAAUCAAGUGGCACUUCAGGUUUAUGUAAAUGAAUAGAUUGUGUUUUUGUCAACUUAAAAGUGUAUUAAGCAUGUAGUUAGCGUGCUGUGUAUUAUUCCUCACUAUGAAUUGUGUAAAGGUUCCCAAAUUACGGGUAGUUGUGAUUUUUUUUUAGGCCUCUUUGAAUCCAAUUUUCUGGUCAAGAAUGUUACUUUCAGUUCAGUGUACACUUCUCUUUUAAUCCUCAGAAAAGUUUGUGACCUCUCCCCUCCCCUUAGAUUGCUCUACAUCUUUCUGAAUCAGGAAAAUGACCAUAAAUUUUAUAAAAUUUUGAACCCGUUACUUUACCUACCCAGUUUUUGUCACCCUUAUUUUCCUAUAGGAAUGUAUAGUACUAGCUGGAAAAAUCUUUUACUUCUCAUAGAAGCAUCUUGCUGUUUAGUUACUUGUGUUUCUGCUAGAUGUCUACCCCAUCUCCUCUUCAUUGAAAACCAAGAGGUGAGAAUAAUAGUGAUCCCUUGGAGCUCAUUCAGUCAAGGUUUUUUCUCUUGGACUUUUCCCAUAGUUUGAAACUGUUUUCUUUUUAUCAGUGGAAAUUAUUGCCAUAGUAGACACAUGUCAUAAUGUUUUAGUAAAGGUAUUUUUAUGGUAAACAUUUAUUAAAUGACAACAAGCAUUUUCCAAAUGGAUGCUAUGUAAUGUCCUAUGAUACUGUGUUGACAUUUAAAAUAUCCAUAAUGGGCUACAAUAGAAACUGCUACAGUGUAACUUAGCAUAGUUUUACUGCUAUAGUGUAACUCGGGUUCUGAUUGAGCCUGUUUCCUUGUGUAUGUGUAUUAACACUGUCAGUACUUUUCAGAAUUAUUCGCAGGAGUAUUUAAAUCAUAAAAUGGCCUAAUUCAAGACUGGGCAAUAUUAAUAAGUAUUGUAUAAUAAUGAACUAUUUUGGGGGAUCUUUCCUAACAUUCCUAACGUAGGAGGGAGGUAUAAGAAGGACUUAAAAUAGAAAAUGAUACUAAGAAUUCUUAAUUGCAUCUAAAUAUAACUAAAAUGGGCAUAAGGAGAGAUUGAUUAAUGGGAAAUGUCUUAGGGACUAUUUUUUUUUAAUUGAAGUGUAUGAAGAAGACCUGACUCCAUAAGGACAGGUAGCUGGAAAAGGGAGUAUAAAAUACUUUUAGAUAUUUGCACUUAGUUGAAAUGUGGAAUCUGACACCAUAAAAGUGAGCUUUUUGUAACUGUUACAGUAAAAUCCACUGGUAUGUCCUUUACUUUCAAUGGAUCUUUCAUCCAUGUGUGAUUUAUAUACCCUCAUGCACUGGUUAUGUGGAAAACACUGAUUUUGUUACACAUAUCUUCUAAAAUGUCAACACAUCUUUUCUAUAUUUCUAAAAAUAUAUUUGUGAGGCACACCGAUCAAACCAUACAUCUUAAAUUUUGGGGAGCUUGGUGGAGAGGCAGAUAAAAGUUUUCUAAAAUAUUUCAGUAGUUUUUCUGGAAGUUCAUUUAAUUUGUGAGAAAGUAAUCUGCUAACCACCCAGAUCUAGAUGACUUAAGUCGUCUAACAUUCUUACAAGUAAAACUGUUCUGUGACAAAAACAAUUCAGCUCAGGAGUCAGCUAUGUAGUCUUUGUGCUCAAGACAACAAUCAUGUUUAAGUGUGCAGCCAAAGUGUUUAAUAUUACAGAGGACAUUAAAACAAGUAAGUGAAGGUUAAAUUUAAUGAUUUUUACUCUUUAAGCAUUAAAUUAAGACUUGGCUUUAUCAUGAGUGUAGGACCAUGAAGAUUAUUGACUACUCAUGUAGUUAGUUACCCCCCUGCCUUAAUUUGUGAGAGGUAUUUACUGAACAACGCUUUUCUAUCAUAUCAUGUCAACACAGUGAAAAAUGACUUAGUAUUUAAAGUAAUUUUGACUCCUAGAAAGUGUCAUAAGGGACCCCAUAGGCUAUGCAAAAAGGAUACUUUUAGAGGUAUAUUAUUAUGAACUUUAUAAAAAAAUAAAUACAGGUGCAAAACAAUAUAGUUUAAGAAUUAUCAGAAUUUGUAUACUAGUCAUUCCAGUCAAUUAGCCGUGACUGAUUACAUUUGCUUGAAUCAGCCACAGCAGGCCAACCUGUUGGGAAUGCAGGCUUUGAAUUUGGAGCCUUCAGUCUCUGAGGCAAGCCUCACAUUUUGGAUUGAGUUGUCCUCAAAGCAGUUACAUGUUGUUGCAUCAUUUUGAGUUUAGUAUAAACAUUCUACUUAAUAGAAACAGUUGCUAUUGUGUUGCAACUUUUCUUAUGCUGUCAAAUGCCAAUGUAAAUGUGCUAUAAAAUAAACACUGACUAAAUAUUAGAACCUGUAAGACUGGCUGC